AUAGAUGUGCUGGAGACAAAAUGUCAAGUGAUCAGCAGGAAGCCAUGGAAGAAAUGUGAAGUGAAGGAUGUAGCUGACAUACCAGUAAGAAGUAUAGCAUGUAGGGGUCUCAUAGACUCCCAUACCUUGUGUCCAGUGCCUGCCACGGUCAUCAUCGACACAUGUCCAGACUGUCCAACAGUAGGGUGCCUGGAUGACCCCAUCAUAGCGGAGACGGCCAAUCUGUCCCUCCAGACAUACAACAGAAAGAGUCGCCUUACCAACUACUACACUCUCCUCAACCUAACAGGAGCUAGCAUGCAGUGGGUUGAGUGUCCGUCCUACUUUGUGGAGUUCACCAUUCAAGAGACGGUCUCUGCUAAGGACAAUCCUGACGUUGAUCUGACCCAAAGUAAAAUGAUGGACUGUGAAUUUUCAAUGGAGUACUACACUACAGCUACACACUGUCUAUCACAUUCUGAAAUAGGUAAAAAGGGAAAACCAACUGAUGAUUUGUAUGUGACAAGCUGGCAACUAUUCCGUGGAGGAAGGUAGCCUACUGUAGACCCACAUCAGCAUCACACCAUUCUCAGUGAUUUCACUAUGUCAUCAUAUCCUGUUUUUCUGUUUGACCAAUAAUAUGCUGGGUUCUGUUCCCUAGCACAAGGGCUUGGCACAGGCUCUCACACCACUCUGGGUGAUGGCAUGUUUGAGAUCAAACUUCCCAUCGAGUUCAAGUGUGAAAUCUUUGAACCAGAGGUUGGGAAUUUCCACAACAGUGCCAUCACUGCCAUACCAUGAUGGAACCUAGAGAGACAGCACAGCAGUGCUGUCUAUAGAGACAGCACAGCAGUAACCUCAGAAAUUGGGCAGAUGAGACCCCCACAAUGCAGGAGUUUGUUCCAGUCCAGAUCUGACUAAAUUGUGAUGUAAAUUCAGGACCAAGACUGGGUCUAGGGGUAGGGGAAAGGAAGGGGUUGAUCUCGGAGUGGGCAUAAUGUUCUGAUUGUCCCAUUUCAUAAGCACUUAAAGUUAUUAUCAUUUUUAUGUCCAUCUCUCAGGCUAGAGAAGAAGUGAUGAUGAGAACCAUAAACAUGCACACACACACUGCUUGCUGUGGGGUCGUGGUGGUCCUAUCCCCCACCUCAAAGAGCCUCACCAGCAGCAAGCAACUGUCCAGGCAAGAGAAAAACCAACUUGGGACUGGACAGGUUUCAAAUCUGAUUGAUAAACAUCUUACGUUACUGCAAUGACAGCUUAUUAACAUUUUUUAUGAGAUACAAAGCUAUUUGGUAACGAGGGCACUAUGACUCCAAUACUUCCACUCUUUUGCCUUGGCUGGAUGUUUCUUUUGCUAUUUUGGAUCACAUAUGUAAAGAAUUCCACAACAUUGUACUGUAUGAUAAUAUGAACUAUGAUGUGUGUGUAUCAGAGCAAUAAAUUAAUGGUUUACAAUGAAUAUAUUUUCAAUGGUCAUAAUUUAUUGUUCAACUGUAUC